AUGGGUGUUCUUCAAGGUGGAAUGAAGUGUGUGAAAUAUUGCACAUUUUUCUUCAACUUUAUAGUAUUCGUUUUUGGUCUAUUUUUGGCUGGCUUCGGUGGGUAUUUGCUGUAUCAACUGAGUUUCUACAGCAACCAGUUUGGGGAUGUGGUCAAAGUUUUCUCCAUCGCCGUCAUUGUGCUGGGAUUUAUCAUUUUUGUCGUUGGUUUUCUCGGGUGCUGCGGGGCCUGCUACGAAAGUCCUUGUAUGCUCAUUACGUUCGCCGUCAUUGUGGCAAUUCUUUUGUGCCUCCAGAUUGCUGUAGCUGUGUUUGCUUUUAUGUACAAGGAUGAGUUGAUGGACUUCCUUUCAAAGCGUUUUGAAGAGGUUUUUAGCGAUCCUGACACCACUUUCAGACAGCAGAUUGAGCGAGAGCUUCAGUGCUGCGGUUUCAAGAUGCCCGAUGUGAACUGCGGCUUGUACGUGUUUCGAAAGUCCUGUUGGAGCGUAAUCACGGGCAAAGUUGAGUCCUCCAUGUAUAUCAUAAUUGCGACGGCAGGCGUCCUGUGCCUCAUUCAGAUCGCUGCCAUCAUCACCGCUUGCUGUCUGCAGUCCAAAAUUCGAAGUUAUGCGGUUUAUUAA